AUGGAGGAUAACAAACAAAAUAAUCCUAAGACAAUUUUUUUAUCAGAGGAUAUAGUUGAAGAGAUAUUUUACCAUCUUCCAAUAAAAUCACUCGCUAGAUCCAAAGUCUUGUCGAAAAAAUGGAGAUCGAUGAUCGAAUCAACCUAUUUUUCCCACAAGCGACUCGUUCGUACAGGAUUACCAACCCCUAAUAUGAAACUUCUAGUUGUUAGUCAACAACUAUCAGCCAAGUUUGAUAAACAAGAUUCAAACUCAAUAACUUUGUGUUUGGAUACUUUUUCUAGAGAUGAAGGAAAAUAUUGUCCUUCUUCUUCUAGUUACUACACUUUUCCUGACGAUUCAAUCGAUAAAUCUCAAAAGAAAACUAUUCAAGUCUUGGGGUCUUGUGAUGGAUUGGUCUUGAUUUGUAUCUACGAUGAUUUUAGGUACAUUUACUUGAUCAAUCCGACGACUAAAGAACACAUGACACUUUCUCCGUCAUUUUCGCAAUGGCCAUUUACUCUUAAAUUAAGGUUUACUGCAACGCCCAAUAAACCACGGAGAGAAGUUUCUCAACUAGUAUUGGGUUAUGAAGGUGAAUUAGAGAAGAUAAUACCGAGUCUUGCUGGAUUUGGCAAAGAUAUUGUUACAAAAUCAUAUAAGGUGAUUUUGAUAUAUCCAAGAGUUAUAAAUUAUGAUUUGGGUUGUUUCAAGGCCAAGAUCAUAUCCUUCGAUGAUGGUAAGCAAAGAGACACAGGUUUUUAUAGUUUAACUUAUCGUAGAUUCUGCAAACAGCAUUCAUCAGUCUACGCAAACGGAUCCCUCUUUUGGUUGACAUUAGAUAAUAUUUCGCACAAACUUUCAAUGCUACUAGCUAUCGAUCUUCAUACCGAAAAAUUUCGAUGGAUAAUGUUACCAAAGUGUUACGCAAAUAAGGCUACUAGUAUAGAAAUGUGGAGUCUCAAUGAUCGUUUGUGCGUAUCGGAUUUGCUAAACGGUUCAGAUUUGCGUGUUUGGAGUUUACAACAAGAAUAUCCUCCUGGCGAGAAAUGGGUGAGAAUAUAUUGUAUAAGUACCAGCCAGUUACAUGAAAAGUAUUGGAUGCUUGGUCUAGCGGCUGCCUAUUUUGGAAGUGUUAGAAAGAAUCGAUAUCAAGUUUCUUUGGCUAGACAAACAACAAUUUUUUUUUCGCCGACGAUGAUUUCUCCUGCAAGUUUGAUGCUCUGAUGUUGUUUUGACUUUCACUUGGUCAAAUCCAAACUGUUAAGUUUU